AUGAAGUGUUUGUAUUAAUGUGGAAGCGGGAAAGCUGAACUUGCGAAACUCGGUUCUAGUAGGAGUCAAUUUGUUUCCGAAUCUUAAUAAACCUAAAAAUGGAGAAUGGACUACGCUCAUGGGCUUGCUGAUAAGCAAAAAGAGCCGUUGGGAGUAGAGAGAAAUGGUGGAAAGUGAGAGCAAGACUGGCGGUGGUCCAGUGGUACUUCUGUCAUGGGCAGAUGAAGUAGAACAAGAAGAAGCUCAAUGUCAAUUGCAACAAAAGCAGAAGCCAAACCCUUUCGGCUCUGCUAGGCCCAGAGAAGUUGUUCUCCAGGAGAAAGGCAUUGAUUGGAGAAAACUCGACCUCCACCUCCGUCAAACAUCUCUCUUAAGGCAGGAGCCCCUCAAUGAGAAGUCAUGGAAGGAAAAUAUUCCUGCCUCUUCCUCCGCCGUUGCCAAAAGGGUGCAUUCGGUGUCCUCAAGCAACUGCCUAAAACAGAAGCAGAAAGAUGCAAAUCUUGGAUUCUGCCUAUUGUCUAUCCCUAACCAGAUGCCCCUGAUAUCUGUGCCUCCGUUGAGAUAUCCGCCAAGGAAUAUUGUUGCCAGUCUGUCCGAGUCGAGAAAUCUGCAUAGGUUGGACAAUGGGCACCAAUUUAAUCAGUGCAGGAGUAACUUAAAGCCUGAGAAAAAGAAUACUGUUUAUUGCAACGGAAUACAAGAAGUUCAAAGAUUUGAAAACUUGUAUUGUGGGAGCCACGUUCAAUUUAAGCAUCAUGACCAAUGUUUGCAUAUCGAGCAGGGGAGCCAGUUCAAGAAUAAUGAUGGCAAAUCUCAGCCUGGCCAAUCAGUGGGGAAAAGCAGGAACAUGCCAAAACCAGCAAGCCAUAUAAAGGGGCGAUAUUCAGAUUAUAAUCAUCCAAGAAGAAAACUUGAAAAGAAUGGGCAGAAUAUGGUAGGUUCGCUGCUGGGGAAACCUCCAAAACAACAUACAAUGCGUUCACCACUUUGUGUGACAGAGUUGAAAGAUAUAUUCGCUGCUGGGGAAACCUCCAAAACAACAUACAAUGCGUUCACCACUUUGUGUGACAGAGUUGAAAGAUGUGGAAGAUGAUUCUGCAGCGAGAAAGGAGCUAAGGAGCCUCUGACAAAGCCGGUCAUAUAAACAAAAGAAAUGGAACGGACAAGCCUCCAGAUGAUAAUUGCAGUGCGAUGCCAACAUCUACUGCUAAAGAAGAGAAGAAAACUAUUCAAUGUAAGCAGAAAAUAUUGAGUUAUAAACACAGUAGUAAAUCAGAAAAUAGCAGAUCAAGCAGUUGAACUACCGGAAGAGGGUAAUAAUGUCACUAUUAGGAGUUAACAAAGUGGCAGUGAUGGCGUAAUUUUAACUUGUGAUAUUCUUGAUUUGAAAUCUUGAGCACAAUUUUGGCUUUAGUAGAAGAUUUGUAACACU